AUGGCAAGCGAACGUAUGUUUGAUGACUCUAUUAUUAUUGAAGACUAUUUCGCUUCGCCUUUAAAAUCAGGGCAUGAAAACCCAACAACAACAACGGAGAAUAUUAACCUUGUUUGUCUCGGCAACGAAUUCUCUUGGGAGGGAACCUUGGACGGAUUGAAGGCAUUUAUACAAAAUGACUUAGAGCUUGAAGGAAAUUGGUCAUCGCCCGGCGGCGACGUGAAAGUUUAUACAGGUCCUAAAUACACCAUAAAUGGCAUGGAAGAUCUAAAAAGAAGCUUAGGAUCGUUCGCGAUGAUAGUGACCAAAACUUACGUAAGAAAUUAAAGGACCAAUCCGUUAAAACUUAUAAAGAGAAACCGUAUGACGAGCCACAAAGACAACCCGAAAGAAAUAUGGCGGCGACGAAAAGUAAAAAGCUAGAUGAUUCGUCAAGAGAUACCUGUCUUGAGCUAUCUUCCCACAUCAUGAGAUAGCGAGAGGGGGGAAAGAAUGUGAUUAAAGCGAGGCCAUCUGAUGAAAACGGACAUAAAACCUGUGAUUUUCAGUGUUGUUGUAGGGAGCUUGCAGAUGAAGUCAAGCGUAUCGAAGGAGACAUAAAAUUACUUAAGAAUGGAGUGAAAACUCACGAGGCGAACGAAACACUACAAUGUUGUAUGGGCGCUUGUAAGAACGAAGAGACUCGUCUGAGAGAUUACCUAGAGGCAGCAAAUGCCACCAUAAAAGACCUAACGCCAAAAGUCCAGAAUCUCGAAAGCGAAAAGUCCAGCUUAUUAACAACAAUUAUAAUAAUUCAGGAAGAUAAUUCCCAACGGACGAAUAAUAUGCAUACUGAGAAAGAUCCCCAUAAAAAUGCGUGGGUUGAAGUGAAAAAUAAUAAGAAAAAGAAACAUAAACAAAAUGCGAAGCAGAAAGAGCAACAAAAUGAACCGCCAAUAAGAUCUGAUGCUGAGAAAUUAGUUGCUAAAACAAACGUAGUAUGCGGCAAGAAACCCGAAGCGCACCACCAAAGACAGCUGGACCAAGCCAUCAGACCAAAAAUGAUGAGAACCUCGACCUUGAGGGAAGCCAUCCAGGCACUAAGCCAACAAGAGUAA